AUGUGAAUGUGUGACAAGUGAGAGAAACUGAAAAAAAGAGGGAAGAAAUAUUUCUGCAACUGUCUUGUUUCUCUCCCGCUCAGAAGGAAGGAAGCUUCACCAAGAAGCAGCGACAAUGGAGAACACUUACCUCGUCUUCCUCUUCCUAACUUCUCUGUUUUUCGCUCAAUCUCUCCUCCUAUCUCUUGCAACACCAACCGGUUCUCCACCAUUCCCAUCAGAGAUGCCGGUAGCACCGACAGUGUCUCCACCAUCCCCAUCAGAGAUGCCGGUGACACCGACAACGUCUCCACCAUCCCCAUCAGAGAUACCGGCGACCCAUGCACAGAAUAUCAUGGACGGUCUGAUCGGAGCUGAUAUGUCGGUGACCCAAGUCCAGAAUAUCAUAGAAGCUCUUAUCGGAGCAGAAGAUUUCCAUAGUUGGGCUGAUGUUUUUGCAACGACAGAUCCGUCGACGUUCCCAAUGACGGCAACCCUCUUCAUCCCGAUCAACAACGACCCCGUUGAUGACUUGGAUCCAUCAUCCUCCAUCUUAUACCAUGUAGUCCCUCAUGUGUUAACCUUCAAAGAUCUUCAGAAGUUAGCAACGGGAUCUCGUCUCCCUACUCUGCUACGGGGUAAAUCCAUUCUUGUCACCAACAAUUCAAGUUCCAAAUUCAGCAUUGAUGACUGCUUGAUAACUCAUCCUGACCUAGUUGUUAAUGGAGCUUUUUGUGUUCACGGAAUUGGGUCCAUGCUCAACUACACCGCUUACGGUGCUGAGCCGCUGAAACAGUCACCACCCCACGGGUCCUCUCACGUACCGGGAGGGUUUUCUCCGCCGGCUGCCGGAGAGAGUGUGGGUGUUCGUCAAUCCGAUGCCGCACCAUACUAUCGCGCUCCCUUCAUUUUUUCAAUUUUGGCUAUGAGUAGUAUCAAUUGGGAGCCUCUUUGCUUUUAGCGCAGGUAUGGAUCGAAUUAAAGCAGAUUAAAUUCAUGAACAUUAACUAGAGCAUGUUGGGAUGUGUUUCUAACAAGAAUGAAUUUCACUGUACGUGCAGUUUGAUUAGGCUAAUUCAGUUCAUUACUUCUCACCUGCAACUCUCAUUUUCUAUUUUAAGAAAAGCAAAGAAGAUUCUAUUCAA